CCAAGCAGCUGGUAGGAAAUGGACCUCCGUGAGUCAGAAGAGAGUCAGGCGGCGGCGAGGGGCUGGAGGGUCGCCCCAAGGGAGGGGACAGCCCCAGGCGAGGCGGCGGCUGCUGCUGCUGCUCCUCUGGGGAGGGGCCAGGAGGCUGCCAGGAAUAAGCUGCUGGAGUUACUUUGAAUUCCAGAGGAAAGGGACAUGCAAUCAAAUCACAAAAAAUGCACACCUUAACAUGGUGAGGGGGCUUGAGUGUCUUGAAGAAGCUGAGAGCAGUGCCGUCAGGAGUCCAGACCAAGAGGCUAGGCUCCCAGCAGGGGCACCCAAGGCAGAAUGGUCAAAGCUGAGACACCAGACUAAGAUGCAUCCAGACUCAAAGGCAAUGGUGCUGAUCAAGGUGCUCUGUCAGGAUCGUGGGUCUGUGGGAGCGUUGCCAGAGGAGGAAGAGUGCUAUGGGAGAGGGUCUCUGCUGCUGCGGUGGCUCUCCAUUUGAAAGGUCCUCUGGAACUGCUGUGCUGCUGCUGCUGAGUUGCCCUGACGGCCCACAAGGACUUUGAGGUGGCCCAGGGUCAGAGCUCGAGCCUUAGCCCGUGAUGGUGGGAGCCAUUCCCCGACAGCCAGGCCGCUUCUGGGGAGUGCCGGGGUGGCAGGUGUCGCCAUCCAGUUACACCAGUAACCACCUGCUGCUGGAGUGGGAGAGCAGGACAGCCUGUGGGAGAAGGAGGAGGAGGAGGAGGAGGGUUCAUCUGCAGAGGGAUGCGGCCAUGAAGCACGCUUCCUAGCAGGCUGCUGGUUCCAGACACCCUAACCCCGUGGCACUUUAGCGCCUGUCCCUCCACCGCCACGCCCCAUGCGGCACAUCAACCCUGAGCCAGGCCUCCUCCCCCAGGAGUGCAGCUCAGACACGAGCCAGCAGGAGGAGGAGGGCGAGGAGCCACACCCCUGGCGCCGGCACCAUGAGGUCCUGAUGGGCUGCAGCCCCCCGGAGUUGACGUGCCAGAAGGUUUACCAGGUCUCCAUCUUCUCCCCGCUGGCUGGCUGCUCCCGACCUUCAGAGCAGAGGUCACCCGGGCGGCAGCCCAUCAAGCGGGCCUGCCCAGAGCCCCAGCGGGCAGCUGAGGGCACGUGGGAUGCCAAGAGAGGUCAUUGGGAGGGUGAUGACGCCAUUGAAGAUGGGCUCCUGGUGGAUGAGCUCUCCCUGGGGGGGGCAGCCCAGCACUUCUCCCACAGCGGCCUCCGGGUGGUGGAGCAUCGCCGGGAGGGUGGCCCCAGCGCCACACAGGCACCGCACACACCUUGCGACACUUUGCACACAAGAGACUGCGCCCCUGCCUUGCCGGGGGGUGGCCCCAUGGACUGUGGCCCCGCCCGGAGGCAAGAGGAGAACAGGGCCCAGCAGGACAAGGGGGCUGCCAGCCAGACUUUCCUACUUGAUCCUGAUUUGCACAACCUUGCACAUCAGUCCCAGCCGGGCCAACCGCCGCUGGUGGCCUGCGGGCACACGGUGCCUGCCACUCCACCGGCAGCUCAGGGCUCCGACACCAACGGGCUGGGGUCUGCUGAGAAGACACCAAGCGCCAGCGCCCAGCUUCCUGGAGGCGCCUGCCCAGCGAAGCGGAAGCUGCUGCCCUCGGUGGAAGGAGCGCCUGACACGGGCUCUGAGGAUGAGAGCCUGCCACCAGCACGGAAGAAGAAGAGGGCCCCUCAGUGCCCCCCUGUGCCAGCCUCCUGCCGCAGCACUGAUGCCAAGGGCGCCCCCUUCUGGAACCACCUGCUUCCUGCAGCCAAGGGCUCAGGAAACAGCAGCGCUGCCAGCUGCCCCCUGAAGACCGGGCUGCGGCUCAAACAGAGACAUCUCCACAGCAGCCUGCGCAGGAGUCUGGUGGGCAGCAGGCUCUCCACCACCCCCUGGGCCACAACCUCCACCAGCCGUGCCCUGCUGGGGAAUUUUGAGGAAUCCAUCCUGAAGGGGCGCUUCCCACCGUCUGGCCGGAUCGAAGGUUUCACUGCAGAGAUUGGGGCCAGUGGCUCCUACUGCCCUCAGCAUGCCACCCUACCUGUGGAAGUCACCUAUUUCGAUAUAGCAGAGCACAGCGCCCCCUCGCCCUUCCUGGGAGUCAUUGAUUUGGAAGCCUUGGGCAAGAAGGGCUACAGUAUUCCCAAAACAGGCACCAUCCAAGUGACCUUAUUCAACCCCAACAAGACAGUAGUGAAGAUGUUCCUGGUGACCUACGACCUCCAUGACAUGCCAGCCAACCACAUCACCUUCCUGCGCCAUCGUAUCUUCCUGGUGCCCGUUGGUGAGGAGCCCGGCCCCAGCCCGGCCCCCGGGGAGCUGCCCAGGAGGGUGCUCUGUUACCUGAUGCACCUGAGGUUCCAGAGCUCCAAGUCGGGGAAGAUUUACCUGCAUGACAACAUCCGGCUGCUCUUCUCGCGCAAGUCGAUUGAGAUAGACUCGGGGAUCCCCUAUGAACUGAAGUCCUUCACAGAACUCCCACGCAACCCUCGUUACUCUCCACGGGCCUGAGGGAGGGAGGGUGGCUGGAUGGGGGAGAGCCGCACGUGGAGCCACCAGCACUUUGCCGGAUGAAGAAAGGAGCCAGAGAGAACCGGGGGCUGGGCUGGAGGGAGGCCGCCGUCCCUGCAAAGGCUGAGCUGUGUGUGUUGCGUGUUGUCAGUGCUUGGUCUGGAGAAAGGCCUGCGCCCAGCCCGGGCCACAAAUGCAAAGCGUCUCAAGCUCUACUUCUGGUGCCCUGUGCCAUUGUGCGGGGGCCAAGAGGGUACCGGAGAAGGGGCGGGGGGCUGCUACCUGGGGGAAGGGGGCUCUGAUGUCAGGAUUUGGGGCCACCUGAGUUAAGGGGAGGGUGAUAUAUAGGUUGAAAGUGGGGAGCAAUGAAAGGUCUUGGGGGGGAAGAGUAAAGAGACUGAUUGCAGCCUUGACAUGCAGAGUAGAGCCCCGCAUGUAGGCUGACAUCUGGGCUGGAAAGCUCAGGUUGUUGCAUGAGUUGCUGAUGUAUUUGGGGAGUUGAGGCCUCAAAGCCUCGCCUGUCCAAGCUUAUUGUGAUGCCUCUUGAGGAGAGGAAAAGGCCCGUGGAGGCCCGUGUGUGCCAGGGAGCAAGAGGGUAGCCCCGUGCUUGCUUGUAGCUGCAGCUUUCCUGGGUCUGGCGCACGGAGGGAGGGUGCCUCCUUCCCCCAGAUGCUGGGCUCGUGUUCCUCUGCUUCCACGUGGCCACCCUCUCGCAUUCACCCACCCCGUCUUCUGCCAGCCGGGCGAGACCUGAGGCCAGUCCCCUUGAGGCCUGAGGUGCAGCUGGCCCAGGUGGCCCACGGCUGCAGCACAGGCAGGGAACCCAGAUGCAGCGCGAUUCAAGGCAUUGCCGGGGAAGGGCCCUGCUCCCCAUGCUGCUGCGGUCCCAAGAGGGGGGACACAGAAGGCUCGUCUUGGCAGGGGGGUUUUUUGGGGGGGGGUUUCCUGAAUGGCUGAACGAGUGUCGCUGCUGUGACUCAAAGCCUUGAAUCGAGAUCAUUGCCCCCUUUCCCCACCUCAGGUUGAAGAGGUAAAUGGUGCCAAACUAGAUGAUGUUGCCAUGGAUGGGGGGAGGGAACGUGAGCAGAGUUGAGGUUGGUUUGGGACUCUUGCAUGGUGGUUUCCCUGUAUUAUUUUGUUUUUAAAAAAACAAGUUUCUUGGGGGUCAUAAAUGCUGCCUUUGCAAUCACCCUAAGGUCUGUGUGACUCUUCCCCAUUUCAGAGGGGGAUGGGGGAUGCAGGGGCAAUUUGCACCAUUUCAGAAAGAAGAGAGGCAUUCUUGCUUCCGUGAAGGAUUUUGGCCUGGCUACCACAGCCUUUGAGGAGGAGGGGUGUCAAUUCCUCCACCCUCCCUUCUGAACUGCCCCAUUCUCCCUGGACCUUUUUGGUUUGAGUUGCAUCUCCUCCCACAUCCUUCUCCCAGGAUGCAGCAGUGAUGGGGAGAGGAGAGGUGCAACAAUUGUAGACACUUGAAAAUAUUUAUAUUUUAAAAAAAGACAGAAAGAACUGUACCUGAUACUUUCUCUCUUUUUUUGAAAAGAAAAUUCUAUAAAUGUGUGUUUGGAAA